GGCCUCGCCGCAUGUCGCAGUUCUCUCUCGGGAAGCCGUCCUUCAUCUAUUUGGCUCCUUGUUUAGCGUGUGAGGGAGGCUCGGCGCGGACAGCAUGGCGGAGGCCAGCACCUGCAACAUGGAGAACUUUGUAGCCAAGUUGGCCAAUGGGAUGCGCCUGCGGACUGCAGUAGAAGAUGUUUCCUGUCCUCAACCAGAAAGCACCAUAAAACCUACAGCAGAAGAAAUGACAUCUAAAGAUUACUACUUUGAUUCGUACGCCCACUUCGGUAUCCAUGAGGAGAUGUUGAAAGAUGAAGUUCGGACACUGACUUACCGUAACUCCAUGUUUCACAACAGACACUUGUUUAAGGACAAGGUGGUCUUGGAUGUCGGAAGUGGAACAGGAAUCCUCUGCAUGUUUGCAGCCAAGGCGGGGGCAAAGAAGGUCAUUGGGAUUGAGUGCUCAAGUAUUUCUGAUUAUGCCAUCAAGAUAGUGAAGGCCAACAAACUGGAUCAUGUUGUAACCAUCAUCAAGGGAAAGGUAGAGGAGGUUGAACUGCCAGUAGAGAAAGUGGACAUAAUCAUCAGUGAAUGGAUGGGAUAUUGUCUGUUCUAUGAAUCCAUGCUUAACACCGUUAUCUAUGCACGGGACAAAUGGCUGACACCUGAUGGUCUUAUAUUUCCAGACCGCGCAACACUCUAUGUGACUGCUAUUGAAGAUAGACAGUACAAAGACUAUAAGAUUCACUGGUGGGAGAAUGUCUAUGGAUUUGAUAUGUCGUGCAUCAAGGAUGUAGCCAUCAAAGAACCCCUUGUAGAUGUUGUUGAUCCCAAGCAACUUGUCUCAAACUCAUGUCUCAUUAAGGAAGUGGACAUCUAUACAGUUAAGGUUGACGACCUAAGCUUUACCUCUCCAUUCUGUCUCCAAGUAAAGAGAAACGACUAUAUACAUGCCCUAGUUGCUUAUUUCAACAUAGAGUUUACACGCUGCCACAAGAGGACAGGCUUCUCUACAAGUCCAGAGUCUCCCUACACUCACUGGAAGCAGACUGUCUUUUACAUGGAAGAUUAUCUCACUGUUAAAACUGGUGAGGAGAUCUUUGGAACAAUAGGCAUGAAGCCAAACGCCAAGAAUAACCGGGACUUGGAUUUUACCAUUGACAUCGACUUCAAAGGUCAGCUCUGCGAGUUGUCAUGUUCCACUGACUACAGAAUGCGCUGAGAUGAAGAGCACUUGACCAGCCUGAAGAAAACAAUGCAUCAUUUAUACAUUUAGCUGUGUGUUUUUAUUUACAUAUAGCAUACAUUUUAACCCCUGCUGCUAUCCUCGGAGUGGGGGUGGAUAUUUUUAGAGCCCCCUCCCCGUCUUCAGUGUCCUUGCUGCACUAAUGACUCGGUCUUCACCUCCAUAAUAGCCAUAUGGCUGGAGGGAAUUUCAUUCUGCUGGAUUCAUCUGUAAAUGAUCCUGUGUGGACUUCAUAAACCAGAGAUUCUUAGUCAUGCCUCACUAGAGGUGCAGGGUCAGACUACAGGCUCAAACUGCUCCUGUCCAUUGAGCUUCCACUUACGGACCCCCCCUUUUCAAUAUAGCAUCCCUAACACUUCUUAUUGCUCAGCCUGUCACACUGGCAUGAACAGUGUAUUGAAUUAAUGGUUUUUCUCAGAGUUGAGUGGGAGGUGCCACUUAUGCGCUGAAGGGGUAGAAUGCAUGGUCUGGCUUUAACAGAACUUCCCCCUCUGACAGUUCUCAUGGACUUUUUAAAUCGGUCACUCCUAGUUGCAAGUGAAAUUAAAUUAACUCUGCAGGUGCACUACAGUCAGUUUAGGUGGAGGGACAGGUUCACAUCUCACCAUUUUGUACUGUUUUGUAAGUCCCUUUUCGGAACUCAACAUGGAAAGGAAUUUUUUUUGUUUCUUUGUUUUACAGAUUGCUCAAAGGCUGCCCAUUGUGACUGUUUCAUAAGUUAUAGUUUUUAUAUGGUUACAUUCAUAAUGAAAUUAAAAAGUGAACUGUG